AUGCGGGCUGUGCCUAAAAUUGCUGAAGCGUUGUUUUGUUCGAGUGUGUGAGAAGGUUCCAGAAAGGGUGGUGUCAUCUUGAAUUCGAUUCUUAGCAGCUGCGUUUAAAUCAAUGUUAAUCCUAAUAAUAAAUUAAUAACCAGAUAGUAUAUAAUAAAAAUUAGAGAUGACUGCGGUUGGACAUUUAGCAUUUGAUGAAUAUGGAAGACCAUUUCUCAUUCUUAAAGAUCAGGAACGAAAAAAACGCUUGGUCGGUAUAGAAGCGUUAAAGUCACACAUACUUGCUGGUCGAAGUGUUGCUAAUACUUUACGAACCUCUUUAGGGCCUAAAGGUCUAGACAAGAUGAUGGUAUCUCCAGAUGGAGAUGUGACUGUGACUAAUGAUGGUGCCACCAUUCUGAAGAUGAUGGAUGUUGAUCAUCAGAUUGCAAAGUUAAUGGUUCAGCUUUCCCAAUCUCAGGAUGAUGAAAUUGGAGAUGGUACUACUGGAGUUGUUGUUUUGGCUGGGGCACUACUUGAACAAGCAGAGCAACUGUUAGACAGAGGGAUUCAUCCAAUAAGGAUUGCUGAUGGCUUUGAAAUGGCAGCUCAUUAUGCUAUGGAUCAUCUGGAGAAAAUAACUGAUAGUUUUCCUGUGGAGAAAAACAACUUGGAACCUCUGGUGCAAACUGCAAUGACAUCUUUAGGAUCGAAAAUAGUUAAUAGAUUUCUGCGUCAGUUUGCCGAAAUAGCUGUCAAUGCUGUGAUGUCGGUGGCAGAUCUUGAGCGUAAAGAUGUCGACUUUGAAUUGAUUAAGGUCGAAGGCAAAGAAGGGGGAAGACUGGAAGACACUAUGCUAGUUAAAGGUGUUGUUGUGGAUAAAGACUUCAGCCAUCCACAGAUGCCAAAGGAACUGAGGAAUGUCAGGUUAGCAAUCCUUACUUGUCCAUUUGAACCACCGAAACCCAAGACCAAACACAAGUUAGAUGUUACUUCAGUUGAAGAUUAUCGAGCUUUGAGGAAGUAUGAACAAGAGAAAUUUGAAGAGAUGGUACAACAGGUUAAAGACACUGGUGCAAAUCUAGCUAUCUGCCAGUGGGGUUUUGAUGAUGAAGCCAACCAUUUACUACUGCAGAAGGAGCUGCCAGCUGUACGCUGGGUAGGAGGACCUGAAAUUGAACUUAUUGCUAUUGCCACUGGUGGUAGAAUCGUUCCUCGGUUUAGUGAGCUAACUCCUGAGAAACUUGGUAAAGCAGGCCUUGUGAGAGAGCUGUCUUUCGGAACAACCAAGGAUCGAAUGCUGGUAAUAGAAGAAUGCCACAAUUCUAGAGCUGUUACAAUCUUCAUUAGAGGAGGAAACAAAAUGAUAGUAGAAGAAGCAAAACGAAGCCUCCACGAUGCUCUUUGUGUUAUCAGAAAUCUUGUGAAAGAUAACCAUGUGGUUUAUGGAGGUGGUGCUGCUGAGAUUGCCUGUGCUCUGGCUGUUAGUGAACAAGCAGACAAGAUCUCAUCGUUAGAACAGUAUGCUUUCCGAGCUUUUGCUGAUGCCUUAGAGAGCAUUCCACUAGCAUUAGCAGAAAAUGCUGGUCAACCCCCAAUCCUCACUUUAACUGAGGUGAAAGCUAGGCAGGUCAAAGAAAAGAACUCUUGGCUUGGUAUUGACUGUUUGAACAAAGGGACUAAUGACAUGAAAGAACAGAAUGUGAUAGAAACCCUUACCAGCAAAAAGCAACAGAUAAGCUUAGCUACUCAACUUGUCAGGAUGAUCCUGAAAAUCGAUGACAUACGUUCACCUGAUAACUUUAAUAUGUAAUUGAAGACUUUGUUUCCUCUCAUUCAGAACAAAUCCUUUGACCUACUAUAGACAUGUUAGAUAGAACUCUUUGCUGUAAUGGAAUAUUUUCAAUAAUUUAAUAUUUUUUCCCUGUGUUUUUGACAUCACAAUGUCAGUCUGUUUCCCUUCAAAGCAUAUUGUUUGAUUUUAUUUUUUGUACUUCAGAAAUACAUUUGGCUACUAACACCAAAA